UAGAACCACUAGUGCACGGAUCCAACCGUUGUCUAUGUUAUUUAAUAUUUAUAAUUAUUAAUAUCGUGUAAUUGACUAGUAAUACUAUAUAUUUUAAUUCUACCAAUAUUAAAGGUGCGUAGGGAAGUGUAGUUCAGCUGUGUUGGUGUUUUUCUUGCUGGAAUAUUCAUAUAUCUUAGUGACCACUCUAAAGUACCUACAAUAUGUCUUCCGUAAAUGCCAAAUGUGCGGGUUGUUUGAAGAAAAUCGACGAUAAGCGCUCGUUGUGCUGCAGCAAAUGCCAUCAAAAGUACGACCUUGUUUGUGCAAACGUUUCGGAGCAGCGCUUCUACAACACCAUGUCAGCGGAGCACAAGGCAGCAUGGCGGUGCGUUCUGUGUAUGAGCAAGCUACGCAGAACUGAUAACACAAACACGCCCGUGCGAGAAGCUCUAGAUAAUGUCACUCGGCGACGUGGAGCUGCUGUUAUUAGUCCGGGCAAAGCGCCUCAUGACUCGCCGGAGAGCUUACCAUCGGUUGGUCAGAAUAGUGUGGUGGAUAAUGGGCCGUCAGAGAUUUCAGGCGAACUGUCAUUAUUGCAUGAAAUUCGCUUGUUCAGAGAGGAGAUGGCAGCCACGCGAUCUCAAAUGAGCAUUCUUAAUGAUUCUCUUAAUAAACUUACAUCUAGAAUGGACCAGUGUGAUAAGCGUAUAGAUCAUCUUAGUGCUCGUGUCGAAUCUCUCGAACGUCAGAGCACUCAGAGAGGUGAGGACAGAAGCACAGAAAAGCUUUUAGGGUCUAUAGAACAAUUAAAGACAGAACUCAAUGAUAGAGACCAAGAGUGUUUAUUAAACGACAUCGAGAUAUCGGGCAUUAUUGAACAGAAGGGUGAAAGUCUGCCUCACAUUGCCAUGACUAUUGCAAGCAAGUUAGGUGUCAAGUUGGUUGACGAGGAUCUGGUCAGCGUCAUGCGGGUUGGUCCAAUACAGGCGCCGCAGGAGUUUUCAUCAUCAUCGUCUAAACAUUCUCGUCCCCGUCUCAUCGUUAUUCGACUUUGCCGCAGAGUUCUUCGUGAUCAACUGCUUAAAGCUGCUCGCGUACGGAGGGGUGCCACCACAUCAGACACCGGUCUGCCCGGGCCACCACAGCAUUUCUAUGUUAACGAAAGGUUGACGAGGGUCAAUCGUUUCCUGUUUCGACGGACACGGGAACUUGCUGGGCGCUUCAACUGGCGGUUCGUAUGGACCAGCGGUGGUAGAAUAUUUGUAAGACAGAACCACGGUACAAGUGCUCUUCCUCAGCGCAUUCGAACUGAACAAGACCUUCUUAGGGUUUUUGGGUCUGACGCAGUUGGCUCAACUCAAAUUCAAAACGAAUAAGAUAAGUAUAAGUCCACUGAAGGUCACUUCAUAUAUCAAUAUCGGUAUCUGUAUAUCCAUAGUAUUUUGCUUACACUAUUGUUUUGAAUUUUAUAUUAUUUGUUCCAUUCUGCCGGUGUUGUAUAGCAUACUAAGUAAAAUCUAUUCAAUUAUUAUUAUCAUAAUGUAUAUACUUUUUAUUGUAUUAUCCAUAUAUUCACAU